AUGAACAUUCUACCGCACAAAAGUUACCACGUUUACAACCUUAAAAAUAAAGAACGUGUUCGUAAAGACGAAGAAAAAGCUCAACAGGAAGAAGCUGCAAAAAAUGAAAGGAAGGAAAUUGCGGAACGUGAACGAAGAUUGAAACUUCUUCGUGAGAAAGCAAGUGCAAAACAAAGUAUACUGAUACAAGGAAUGCAAGGAAUACAAGGAAGUGCAAAUAAUCCUUUUGCUUUAGAGACAACAAAGAAUGAUGAUCAAAGAUUACAGAUUCAAAGUUCGACCGAAACAACUAGCGGUCAUAUCAAUUUUUGGGAAGAUAAAGAGAAAUUAACAAUUUUCAUAGAUCCCAAACCAUGGUAUAUGAAAGUUAACAAAGAAGAAAGAUAUUCAAUAGACGGAACAAUUAAAAAAAAAAAAGAUGAGGGAAUAAAAUCAUUUGAAGAUCCAUUACUUACAUUGAAAAAAACUUUGGAUAAAAAGAAAAAAAAUGAUGUUAUUGCUCAACUUCAAGAAAGUAAUUCAUUAUUAACAAUCGAAGAGCUACGCGCUAAACGACUUGCAAGAGAACACGAGGAGCGAUUACGUACACUUAAACUUCUCAAUCCUCAUAUAAGUAUUGAAGAAUCAUCAAAAAAUCGAUAUAAUUCACAAUUCAAUCCGGAAGCUACCGAGGCAGCACAUAAUAUAUCUGGAAAGCAACGUAAAGAUUACUAUCGAUCUAAUCAUAAUCACCAUCACCAUCACUCCAGUAGACAUAACAGAUAUAACCCUUAUUAA